AUGGCCUUUUGGGUGGUUGACGGGGGUCGUCCGCUUGGACUUGGUACUACCACUGCCACUGCCGCUGCCGCUAUCAACACAAGCCGGGGUCCAUACUAUGUGGGCGGUAAACGGAGAGUAAGCGUCUCCGAAGGCGGCGACGCAUACUCGUAUGCUCCCAGCCAUGGCGAUGCCUUCACGUUCGACCCAAAGAGAUCCAGGUUCACCGAUGAGCUUCCUUACGACGCAUACGAAAACACACCAAUGACCAUUCCUGGACCCAGUGGUUAUUCAUCCCCACAACCGCAUGACCAUUUCUCAUAUUAUCACCAACAGCCGCAGCAACCGACAUUCCAACCUAGAAUCCAUCAUGUCAACAAAUCCGCCUACCCAUACAAUCACCCCUGCAACUCUCCCACAGAAGAUGAAUUUCUCUACCACGACGACAUCGGUUCUUCCACUCCCCCAUUAAUUCAUCGUCCCGACUCAGCACCUGUCAAGAAUCUUUCUUUUCUCGUAAUUCGUGAACGGUCUCCAACCCCAGAGGGUUUCCCCUCUAUCGAUGCUAGUUUCGAUCUUGGCGCCUUCGGUCCAGCACCCGAAUCUCGGCCGGCUCCGUCUUUCGGGCCCCCCGGACCUCCACCGGCUCCCGCAUCCGCCCCAGCACCAGCUCCUGUCGCCGAUGCCUGCGCUAUGGAACGUACAGCCUCCGGCCUAUCCAUUUCAUCCGACACUACUCAACCCUCAUUUGCCAGUUUGUCUCCUCUCAACGACGACAACGAGCCGGGAUUUCUGAGUGAUCUCGCUGCCGCACGAUUAGUCCGUGAUCAUGUCGCCAACUCUGGCUUUUCCAGUUCUAAUCGUCGAAGACACCGCGGCGUUGACUCUCGCCAUGGCCGUAUCUUAAGAACUCUCAUUAACCCCAAAUCCCGCGCUGCCGACUUUCCCCUCGAUGACAAUGCUCUACGCAGCAUUUUCUCGGCCGCCAAUGAACUCUUUUUCGGCAAUCGACUUGCCGGUCGUGUCGCGUGGGACUGGAGUCACCCCGCGAGCGCCCAGUACCAGGCGCACAUUGUUGGUACCACCGCCGUGCGACGUUCCCGCGAUGUCGGCUAUGAGACCCUCAUCGUGCUGUCGUCACCCAUUCUCCAAGACACAAAAUACAACCGUCGUCUGCUAAUAUCGACGUUCCUCCACGAGAUGAUUCACAGUUACCUCUUUGUAGUAUGUGGUCUGAAAGCCCGCUAUCAAGGUGGCCACACCGAGGGAUUUCGUCAGAUCGCCGACACCAUCGAUCGCUGGGUCGGGCACAGCUAUUUGCGUCUCAGUGAAAUGGACGCUGACCUGGAACACUUCCGUCAGCACCCGUCAUGUGGGCACGAGCAGCAUCAGGUGCGUAGCCGAAGCGCAGACGGGCAGGAGAGGGUACCCUGGCGCAGCGAGAGGUGGGAGGAUGGAGAACGAGAAAGAAGCGUCAUCUAUCCGACUGAGCUUCAUCCACGACCGCAUCCCAGCUACGAAAACAGGGACCGACAUGGGCGGGAGGGUCACAGAGCCCUUCAUGUCCGGAGAGGAAUCUCACCAUACGUUUACUGA